AUGAUCACCAAGUAUUUCACGCAUGUGUCGGUGAGGUUUAACCCCUUUUCCGAGGCCGCAAAGCCUGUGAGACUAUUUAUUGGCCGUAUACCCACUGCGCUGAAGAGCGGGUGCUCCAUUGAACGCAAGAUUCUCACUGGAGACGAGGAACCUUUGGUCAAGGUGACUUUCAAGGACAAGGAGGUGAUGGAAAUCAACCCUCAGAGCAAGCGUUUUGAAGACUUGAGGUCAUACUUUGACGCCCACCUGAGAAAGUUGGCUCUUAAGGACGCCAUCUCAGACAUGUUCAAGUUUAAAUCAUUCAUCGAGAAUCUAGGGCUAAGAGCCCCUAUAAUGCAAGCACCCAUGGCCGGAGUCUCCACAGUUGAAAUGGUUGCAGAGGUAGCCAAGGUAGGUGGCUUGGGAUCGCUUCCAAUGGCCUCAUAUGACUUGACCAAGAACACGGAGCCUGUGUUCGAGCAGAUUAGACGAUUCAAGCACUUAGCAGGCAAUGCCCCUGUCAAUGUGAACUUCUUUGCUCAUGAUUACAAGGAGCAGACACCUCCGGGUCCCACAGAGCAAGCCAAUUGGUUCAAGAUCAUGGAGAAGGCUUCAGGUGUCAGCAGUGAGGACUUACGCAGCACAAUUCCACAAUUCGAACGCAUAAACGUUUCUUUUAAAGAGUUUGAGGCUAAGCAUGACGUGAAGCCUUUCGUUGAACAGCUAGGGAAGCUCAAUGUCAAGGUGGUGCUGUUUCACUUUGGUCUACCCAAGCAACAAACGGUCGAUCUCAUUCACAAGGAAGGAAUCUUAGUCUUUGCGUGUGUAACCAAUCGGAAAGAAGCAGAGGCAGCUCUUGCUGUUGGUGCUGAUGUUCUUGUGGCGCAAGGUUACGAGGCUGGUGGACAUAGAGGAGCAUUCAUAAGCCCUGAUGAGCAGCUCUCAACAAAAGCACUUUUUGACAAUAUUGUGGAUCUCGGGAAGGUUAUUCCCGCAGGAGGAAUAAUUGAUGCCGAGGACGUUGCGGAGUACUUACGAAAGGGUGCCGUUGCAGUUUCCAUGGGCACCAUCUACGUGACUAGCGAGGAGUCUAGCGCUCCAGGUUUCAUUGGCAAUCUCGUGAAGAGCUCCCUGAAUCUUCCUCCUACAGUUAUGACUGCAUUAGUAUCAGGGAAAAUAGCACGUACCGUGAAGACGCCGUUUAUCGAGUCCUUGGAAGCGCAGGAGAAGGUUCCGCUUCCUCUGUACGGUUACCUGUACUAUGCCUAUAAAACGGCGGCAAAGCACUUUCCGCCCGGUUGUGGCUUCUACUUAGCUGGUACUAAUUACGGGAAGGUCACGCCCGGAGACAAGUCUGCCACAAUCACUCUGCGGCUUUGGCAGGAAGUGCAGAAUCGAAUCGGUUAA